UACUUGCCAGGGAAUUUAACAGGUUACUGAGACAAGAAGAACAACUGCCAUGGGAAAUACCACCAGCAGCGCAAUAUCAAAGGAGAUCCUGGAGGACCUGAAGCUUAGCACCAAAUUUACCGAGACUGAAAUCUGCCAGUGGUAUGAGAACUUUCAGAAGCAGUGUCCCACAGGACGCAUCACACCAGAAGAGUUUGAGGAGAUCUACACCCGCUUCUUCCCUGAAGCUGAUGCCAAGAGCUAUGCACGACAUGUGUUUCGCUCCUUUGACACCAACGAUGACAACACGUUGGACUUCAAGGAGUACAUCAUUGCACUGCACAUGACCUCCACUGGGAAGACUACCCGGAAACUGGAAUGGGCCUUCUCGCUGUUUGAUGUAGAUAAGAAUGGAUACAUCAACAAGACAGAAGUGAAAGAGAUCUGCCAAGCCAUUUUUAAGCUGAUCCCAGCUGAGGAGCAAAAGAAGCUACCAGAGGAUGAGAACACACCCGAGAAGAGAGCCAACAAGCUGUGGGCAUUUUUUGAUAAGAAAGACAAUGAACGACUGGCUGAAGGAGAGUUCAUAAAAGGAGUCAUUGAAAAUGAGAAUGCAAUGCGUCUUAUCCACUAUGAACCACUGAAACAAUGAAGUCAGAUAUAUGUAUCCACACUUCCUUUGUCUUUUAUUAAAAUAUAGCCUUUGUAUUUUUUCCCUCUUUCCUUCAGAUGUUCCCUUAACCCUCCACUUUAAUCCACUUACAUCUAUGUGUAAAUACUCAUGCUUGCAGUGUUUUGGUUGCGACUAAC